UAGUGAAGCAGUAGAUGUAUAUUAUUGCGCUUAUCUACUUUGUUUGCUCUUUCAACCUUACACUGCACGAUAGUCAUUUCCUGUUUAAACACAAGCGAUUCCACAAAUUUGAUUAGUGCAUAAUAAAAGUUAUUCAUAAGUAGUUUCCUCGAACUACCUACAUCAUUCGUCAUAACAAAACUGACAACGAUUCCAAGUGUUUCGAUACCUUUAUUUUGCGCGUUGCGUUGCUAGAUUAUUAUUAUUUAUAUUAACUUUAUUUUAAAAGUAAUAAGAUGACGACUGAUCCAGUUAAGUCGAUUCCUGCAUUUUACGCUGGGCAAAGUAUAUUUUUGACAGGUGCAACAGGAUUUCUGGGUAAGGUGUUUAUUGAAAAAGUGUUACGAUCUUGUCCAGAUGUUCGCGAAAUAUUUAUGUUAAUGCGUCCGAAAAAGGGAUUAAGUGUUAAUAAAAGGCUCGAAAAAAUAUUAAAUUUACCGUUAUUUGACAAAUUACGCGAAGAACGACCUUCGAAUUUUGAAAAAUUAGUUCCGAUUUCUGGCAAUGUUAGUGAGAAGGGACUAGGAUUGUCAGCUGCGGACAGACAAAUGUUGAUUGAAAGAGUGACUAUAAUAAUACAUGGAGCAGCAAGUGUGAGAUUGAAUGAUACUUUAAAAUACGCUAUAUUUGUCAAUACUAGAGCAACGAGAGACAUCUGUAUUUUAGCUCAAAGUAUGAAGAAUAUAAAAGCAUUAGUGUAUAUCAGUACAGCAUUCACACACGUGAAUAAUCCACUCAUUGAAGAAAAAGCGUAUCCACCUAUAGCUGAUUGGCAGAAAAUAAUAGAUAUGGCCGAGUCAUUGGAUAACCAUACUUUAAAUAUUUUUACAGCUAAAUGUUUGGAUUACAUACCCAAUACCUAUAUUUUUUCGAAAAAUCUAGCAGAGAGCGUAAUACAGGAAUAUUCUUCCUCUUUGCCUUGCGCGAUUGUAAGACCUUCCAUGGUGACAUCAUCGAUAAAAGAACCAAUGCCAGGAUGGAUAGAUAACAUUUAUGGUCCAAUAGGACUUUAUAUUGGUGGCGGAAAAGGUAUAAUACGGAUAGGCUGUUGUAAUAAAAAUCUGAAUGAAGAUAUAGUUCCAGUAGACAUUGUCAUCAAAGCUAUAUUAGUCGUAUCUUGGAAGAUUGGAUUGACCAGCUUUUCUGCAGAUUCAACUUUAUUUGUUUUAAACUGUACGACUCAGAAACACAUAACUCAUCAAAAUGUUAUGAGAAUGCUACUCAGUGUCGGACGUGAGAUACCUUUGGAAGGAAUUAUCUGGACUCCUAAUGGACGGUUGACCGACAAUCUGAUUCUGUUCUAUAUAUUAACGAUAUUCCUGCAUAUGCUGCCAGCUAUAUUAAUAGAUUUGGUUUUAAAAUUCUCUGGGCGUCAACCAAUGCUAGUACGACUGCAAAGAAAACUGUAUGUAGCCAAUUGUGUUCUGAGUCAUUUUUCGUCCCAUGAAUGGAAAUUCAGUAAUACAAAUAAAUUGGCUGUGAUGUCCUCGAUACCACCCGAUAACAGGGAUAUGUUUUCUUUUGAUUAUUUCGAUUGCGAUAUGAGGGAGUACAUAAAGAAUAGCAUAAUUGGCGUCAAAAAAUUUCUUCUUCACGAAGACAUGAAUCGAUUGGAUGCAGCUAGAUCGCACAGUAAAAGGGUGUAUCUAUUCGUCACAAUGGUGGAAACUAUCGUUUCUAUUUACAUACUGCGAAUGAUAUAUUGGUGGAUCUACUCUUUUACAUUAUAAAAUAAAUGAUUUAUCCAUAUAAUUAUA